AUGAGGUUUUAUUUUCAAGACAAAGCUGCUGGAAACUUUGCGACGAAAUGCAUCCGCGUCUCUAGCACUGCCACAACGCAAGACGUGAUCGAGACGCUGGCGGAGAAGUUCCGGCCUGAUAUGCGGAUGCUGUCUUCUCCCAAGUACUCACUGUAUGAGGUGCACGUCAGUGGAGAAGAAAGAAGACUGGAUAUAGAUGAGAAGCCCCUUGUGGUGCAGUUGAAUUGGAACAAAGACGACCGGGAGGGCAGAUUUGUUCUCAAGAAUGAAAACGAUGCCGUUCCUCUGAAGAAGGCUCAGAGUAAUGGACCUGAAAAGCAAGAAAAAGAAGGUGUCAUCCAGAACUUCAAGAGAACUCUCUCCAAGAAAGAAAAGAAGGAAAAGAAGAAGAGAGAGAAAGAGGCGUUGAGGCAGGCAUCUGAAAAAGAGGACAGGCCUCUCCGGCCGGACGACAUUGAGAAUUCUCGGCUGGCUGCCGAGGUUUACAAAGAUAUGCCUGAGACGAGCUUUACCCGAACCAUCUCGAAUCCUGAGGUGGUUAUGAAGCGGCGGCGGCAGCAGAAACUGGAGAAGAGAAUGCAGGAAUUUCGGAGCUCCGAUGGGCGGCCUGACUCAGGUGGAACACUGAGAAUUUAUGCAGAUAGUUUAAAACCCAAUAUCCCCUACAAGACAAUCCUCCUGUCGACCACGGACACUGCGGAUUUUGCUGUGGUUGAAGCCUUGGAGAAGUACGGCCUGGAGAAGGAGAGCCCGAGGGACUACUGCAUCGCUGGGGUCAUGCUUCCUCCUGGCUCCCAGCAUUCUGAUGAGAAAGGUGCUAAGGAAAUCAUCCUUGAUGACGAUGAGUGUCCCCUGCAGAUCUUCAGGGAGUGGCCCAGUGACAAAGGGGUUCUAGUCUUCCAGUUGAAGAGGAGGCCUCCAGACCAUGUCCCAAAGAAAACGAAGAAACAGGUGGACGCGAAGCUGCUUAAGGGGCAGGAGAGGACUGUCGGGUCUGUCUACGGCUCCUCCCUCCCCCCCGAGAAGCUGCCCUACUUGGUAGAACUGAGCCCAGGGAGAAGGAGUCACCUUGCCUGCCAGAGCCACCACCCUCACGAAGAUGGCUCUGACUCCAGAGAUAAGCCAAAGCUCUACCGCCUGCAGCUGAGCAUCACCGAGGUGGGCACAGAAAAGCGUGACGACAGCUCAAUCCAGCUGUUUGGCCCUGGAAUCCAGCCCCACCACUGCGACCUCACGAACAUGGAUGGCGUUGUGACUGUGACCCCGCGCACUGGGGAGUCAUCUUGUGAGGCAUUGCAGACGUCAUCCCCAGAAACGUCCUCACUGUGCAGUGAGCACUUCAUGCUCCUAGGCUUGCUGUUUGAAAGCGUGCUGCCUGUUGGCGUUGUUCAGGAGACCACUUUUGAUUUGGAAGGAGAUGUCCACAGUGGAGCAGCCAAGCCAACAAGCAAGUGUCAGGCUCAGCGUGGUGAUGCGCUCACCACGUCCCCGGUGCUGGUGCCAAGCCAGGACACUCCCGGGCCCGAGUCGGUCCUGCCCGCAGGCAUUGAGUUUCGGGAAAGCUCUGAAGAUUCCUUUUUAUCCGCCAUCAUCAAUUACACUAACAGCUCCACAGUCCAUUUUAAGUUGUCCCCUACGUAUGUUUUAUACAUGGCCUGUCGAUAUGUCCUGUCGAGCCAGUACAGGCCUGACCUCAGCCCUACAGAGCGCACCCACAAGGUCAUUGCCAUCGUCAACAAGAUGGUGAGCAUGAUGGAAGGUGUGAUCCAGAAACAGAAGAACAUUGCAGGCGCCCUGGCCUUUUGGAUGGCGAACGCGUCUGAGCUGCUCAACUUCGUCAAGCAAGACCGAGACCUCAGCCGCAUCACACUGGACGCCCAGGAUGUCUUAGCACACCUAGUGCAGAUGGCGUUCAAUCAUGACGACGUCCUGCACACGCUCACGGGCGCCAUGUCGCUGCUGCGGCGCUGCAGGGUGAAUGCUGCCCUCACCAUCCAGCUCUUCUCGCAGCUCUUCCACUUCAUCAACAUGUGGCUCUUCAACAGACUGGUCACCGAGCCAGACUCGGGCCUGUGCUCCCACUACUGGGGCGCGAUUAUCCGCCAGCAGCUGGGGCACAUUGAGGCCUGGGCUGAGAAGCAGGGGCUGGAGCUGGCGGCAGAUUGCCACCUCAGCAGGGCCGUGCAGGCCACCACUCUGCUUACCAUGGACAAGUAUGCACCUGGCGACAUUGCAAACAUCAACAGCACCUGCUUUAAGUUGAACUCCCUGCAGCUUCAGGCCUUGUUACAGAACUACCACUGUGCACCGGACGAGCCUUUUGUCCCGACGGAUCUGAUAGAGAACGUGGUGGCUGUAGCUGAGAACACCGCUGACGAGUUAGCGCGCAGCGACGGCAGGGAGGUGCAGCUGGAGGAGGACCCUGACCUGCAGCUGCCUUUCCUUCUGCCGGAGGAUGGCUAUUCUUGUGACGUCGUGAGGAACAUUCCGAAUGGUUUACAGGAAUUCUUAGAGCCUCUGUGCCAGCGAGGAUUUUGCAGGUUAAUUCCUCACCUGCGCUCCCCAGGCACUUGGACCAUCUACUUUGAAGGUGCGGAUUGUGAAAGUCACCUUAUACGGGAGAACAUGGAACUGGCCCAGCCCCUAAAGAAGGAGCCGGAAGUCAUCACUGUGACCCUGAAGAAGCAGAACGGGAUGGGACUCAGCAUCGUUGCGGCAAAGGGUGCCGGUCAAGAUAAACUUGGAAUCUAUGUCAAGUCUGUUGUCAAAGGAGGUGCUGCAGAUGUGGACGGACGGCUGGCUGCAGGCGACCAGCUCCUCAGCGUGGACGGACGGAGCCUGGUAGGCCUGUCUCAGGAAAGGGCAGCAGAACUCAUGACAAGAACCAGUUCAGUGGUGACACUGGAAGUAGCGAAGCAGGGAGCCAUUUACCACGGCCUCGCCACACUGCUCAACCAGCCCUCGCCCAUGAUGCAGAGGGUUUCAGAUCGCCGCGGCUCAGGUAAGCCCAGACCAAAGAGUGAAGGUUUUGAGCUCUAUCAUAACUCGGCUCAGAACGGGUCCCCUGAGAGCCCCCCGCUGCCUUGGGCAGAGUACAGCGAGCCAAAGAGACUGCCUGGUGAUGAUAGGCUGACCAAGAAUCGGGCCGACCACCGCUCCAGUCCCAACGUGGCAAACCAGCCUCCUAGUCCUGGAGGGAAGCACACAUAUGCUGCUGGGGCAACAGCUAAGAUCACGUCUGUGUCUACAGGAAACCUCUGCACUGAGGAGCAGGCCCUUCCGCCCCGGCCGGAAGCAUAUCCCAUCCCCACACAGACACACCCUCGUGAGUAUUUCACCUUCCCUGCAUCCAAGUCCCAGGACCGGAUGGUCCCCACACAGAGCCAGUGGCUGGAUCAUGAGGAUAAGCCGCACCUGCACAUGGACGAUGACCGUGCCAAUCUGGCCGCUCAGCGUGUUACCCGUUCCCAAGAAGAGCUUCGAGAUGACCACGUGUACCAGCUCGAGAGGCAUCGGGUGGCCGCUGCUGUGGACCGGAAGUCAGACAGUGACAUGUGGCUAAACCAGGGCUACUCAGUGGAGUCCAGCACAUCGAGCCAAGAGCAGCUGAACCAUUCCUCUAAACCUGCCACCCCUGCGUCCACUUUAACCAAAAGCGGCCCUGGCCGUUGGAAAACACCCACUGCCGCCCAGUCGACGCCAGUGGCCGUCUCCCAGCCCAUCCGCACAGACCUGCCCCCCCCGCCCCCUCCGCCCCCUGUGCACUACGCCAGCGACUUUGACGGGAUGCCGAUGGACUUGCCCCUGCCACCCGCCCCUGCUGUGGGCCAGGUGGGCACCCCGUCUGCCCAGGCGGCUGCGGCGGCUGAGCGGAAGAAGAGAGAAGAGCAGCAGAGGUGGUAUGAGAAGGAGAAGGCUCGCUUGGAAGAGGAGCGUGAGAGGAAGCGCAGGGAGCAGGAGCGGAAGCUGGGCCAGAUGCGCACCCAGGCCCUGAACCCUGCGCUCUUCUCCCCGGUGCCCGCGCAGCCGGGGAAGCUGGAGAAGCCCUCCACCCUGCAGAGGCCCCCGGAGACAGUCAUCCGCGAGCUGCAGCCCCAGCAGCAGCCGCGCACCAUCGAGCGGCGGGACCUGCAGUACAUCACCGUCAGCAAGGAGGAGCUGUCGUCCGGCGACAGCCUGUCGCCGGACCCGUGGAAGCGGGACGCCAAGGAGAAGCUGGAACAGCAGCAGCAGCUGCACAUCGUGGACCUGCUGAGCCGGGAGGUCCAGGAGCUGCAGGCCAAGGCCGAGCGCAGCGCCGAGGAGAGCGACCGGCUGCGCAGGCUCCUCCUGGAGUGGCAGUUCCAGAAGCGGCUGCAGGAGUCCAAGCAGAAGGAUGAGGAGGAGGAGGACGACGACGACGACGACGUGGACGCCCUGCUGGUCAUGCAGCGUCUGGAGGCUGAGAGGAGAGCCAGGGAGGAGGAGCGGCGGAGGCAGCAGCAGCUGGAGGAGCUGCGGCAGCGGGAGGCGGAGGACCGAGCCCGCCAGGAGGCCGAGCGGCGCCGAGAGGAGGAGCGCGGGAGGCGGGACGCCGAGGAAAAGAGGCGUCAGGAAGAAGGCUAUUACAGCCGCCUGGAGGCUGAGCGGCGCCGACAGCACGAAGAGGCCCAGCGGGGGCUGGUGGAGGCUGAGGAGCCGGGUCUGUGCCGACCGCCACCUCCACGGGACUACCAGCCCCCGUGCCCGGUCCCCGCGCCCGGCGCUCCUCCUCCCCCACCUCAGCGCCACACCUCCUACCUCAAAACGCAGGCCCGCUCCCCUGACUCGCUGUUCACGGCCACGUUUGUCACAUACAGUGAGGAGGAGGAGGAUCCCAGCCUGGCAGGGCUGGACUCGCACCCGGGACCUGCUGGACCAGCUGUGAGUGCUCAGGAUGCUCACCGGGACCCGAGAGAGAAACGGGCUAAAAGCCAGGAUGCAGAUCCGUCCGGGCUUUCUGGAGCCCCGGAAAACUUGACAUUCAAGGAGCGCCAGCGGCUGUUUUCACAAGGCCAGGACGUGUCCGACAGAGUGAAAGCUUCACGGAAACUGACGGAACUGGAAAACGAACUGAACACGAAAUGA